AUGGUUAAAGACACGAAAUUCUACGAAAUAUUAGGGGUUGAUCCCUCUGCCUCGGAGGCUCAGUUGAAGUCAGCGUACAAGAAGGGCGCACUGAAACAUCACCCAGAUAAGAAUGCUCACAACCCAGAUGCCGCCGAGAAAUUCAAGGAACUCUCCAAAGCCUACGAAGUCCUCUCCGAUCCCCAGAAACGCUCCAUCUACGACCAGUAUGGAGAAGAGGGGCUAGAACAAGGUGGCAUGGGCGGCGGUAUGGCUGCCGAAGACCUCUUUGCCCAAUUCUUCGGCGGCAACGGUGCAUUCGGCGGCAUGUUCGGUGGUGGCAUGCGCGAUACUGGCCCGAAAAAGGCCAGAACCAUUCAUCAUGUUCACAAAGUCUCCCUGGAGGAUAUCUACCGCGGCAAGGUCUCCAAACUUGCUCUGCAAAAAUCCGUCAUCUGUCCCGCCUGUGAAGGUCGCGGAGGCAAAGAGGGUGCGGUCAAAACCUGUACCGGCUGUAAUGGUGCCGGCAUGAAGACCAUGAUGCGCCAAAUGGGACCCAUGAUUCAACGUUUCCAGACCAUCUGCCCCGACUGCCAGGGAGAAGGAGAGAUUCUUCGCGACCGUGAUCGUUGCAAGCGCUGCAUGGGCAAGAAGACGAUUGUGGAGCGCAAGGUGCUUCACGUGCAUGUCGACCGCGGCGUCAAGAGCGGGCACAAGAUCGAAUUCCGCGGCGAAGGCGACCAGAUGCCUGGGGUGCUUCCAGGUGACGUGGUGUUUGAGAUCGAGCAGAAGCCACAUCCUAGGUUCCAGCGCAAGGACGAUGAUCUGUUCUAUCACGCCGAAAUCGACCUGUUGACCGCUCUGGCCGGUGGUCAAAUCUUUAUCGAGCAUCUUGAUGACCGGUGGGUGACCGUCAACAUCCCUGCCGGCGAGCCCAUCACACCUGGCAUGGUCAAAGUCGUCAAAGGACAAGGUAUGCCCUCGAUGAGACAUCACGACUUCGGCGACCUCUACGUGCAGUUCGACGUCAAAUUCCCGGACAAGACGCAAUUGCAAAACCUCCAUCUGCUCGAGUCGGUGCUGCCACCACGCAUGCAACAGAAGUUGCCCCCGCCGGACUCGAUGGUGGAGGACUUUGACAUGGAAGAAGUCGACCCUCGCCAGCAAGCACGUGCCCACGGCGCCCACGACGAAGAUGACGAAGACAUUCCGGCCGGUGCAGAGCGCGUGCAAUGCGCGUCGCAGUAA